UCUCUCUCUCUAGACGCUAACCCCUCUUCUUCCUUUCUUUCAGUACCCACACGCUCGCUCUUCCUUUCCUUCUCUCUCUCGGCCGCCACAGCCUCCAUCCCUCCAUUUUCUCUUCUCAAUUACCCACUUUUCCUCUUAAUUCCCUGUAUUUUAUCCGCCGAUUUCAAUCGGUGAUAUACAAAUACAGGUGAUUGGGAAGUAGAUAUGGCUGGGAAAUCAAGCAGAGGGCGGAAUAAGAAAGGGUCACAUAACACCACGAAUGCUAGCGAACAGGCGGUCUCAUCCAAUGGUCAUGCUAAAGAUAGCUUGAAUUCUGUUGAAGAAACGAAGGUGGAUACUAAUGGAGUCCCAGAUUCGACUGAGAUACCUGCCACCAAGCCAGAUGUCAAGGAGUCAGAGAAUGCCAGUUCGGAGAAUCAGGCUAAGCAAGGUGACAUUCAUCUCUUCCCUGUUCAAGUCAAAACACAAGUUGGUGAAAAGCUUGAGUUACAAUUGAGUCCCAGUGAUUCUGUUAUGGACGUGAGACAAUUCCUGCUUGAUGCUCCUGAAACGUGUUUCUUUACUUGCUAUGACUUAUUAUUGCACACUAAGGAUGGGUCGACUCAUCAUUUGGAGGAUUACCAUGAAAUUUCUGAAGUUGCUGACAUUACUGCUGGAGACUGCUCCUUAGAGAUGAUUGCAGCCCUUUAUGAUGAUAGAUCUAUCAGGGCUCAUGUUCAUCGUACCAGAGAGUUGCUUUCUCUUUCAACAUUGCAUUCCUCAUUAUCAACAUCACUUGCUUUGCAACAUGAGCUGGGGCAGAAUGCAACCGCGAAUUCAGGAGAUCCCGCCAAAACCGAAGUUUUAGAGCUUGAGAAUUUGGGUUUCAUGGAGGACGUAUCCGGGUCACUUUCAAAUUUGUUGUCAUCUCCCUCCAAAGAGAUCAAAUGCGUAGAAAGUAUCGUGUUCUCGUCAUUUAACCCUCCUCCGAGCUACAGAAGGCUUGUUGGGGACCUAAUUUAUCUGGAUGUGAUCACUCUGGAAGGCAGCAAGUUUUGUAUAACUGGAACUACAACCACGUUUUAUGUUAACUCGAGUUCUGGCAAUACCCUUGACCCACGACCAACUAAAGCUGCUUCUGAAGCAACUACUCUUAUUGGACUCUUGCAGAAGAUUAGUUCCAAAUUCAAGAAAGCUUUUCGUGAAAUGUUGGAACGAAAGGCUUCUGCUCAUCCUUUUGAAAACAUCCAGUCUUUGUUGCCUCCAAAUUCGUGGCUUGGAUUGCACCCUGUUCCUGAUCACAGACGCGAUGCAGCUAGAGCAGAAAAUUCACUUACUUUGUCCUUUGGGAGUGAGUUAAUCGGUAUGCAAAGAGACUGGAAUGAGGAACUACAAUCUUGUAGAGAGUUUCCUCAUGCAAGCCCUCAAGAAAGGAUUCUGAGAGAUAGAGCUCUCUAUAAGGUAUCUUCUGAUUUCGUUGAUGCUGCAAUAAGUGGUGCUAUUGGAGUCAUCAGCAGAUGCAUCCCACCAAUUAAUCCAACCGAUCCGGAAUGCUUUCACAUGUAUGUUCACAACAACAUAUUCUUCAGUUUUGCUGUUGAUGCGGAUCUUGAGCAGCUGUCCAGGAAGCAGUUGUCAGAUUCGAACUUGAAGACCGAGAAUGCAAAUACUUCGUCUGAGAAGACCUCGGUGAAAUCAUCGAGUGGAGCGGCCAAGGUUAAUGGGGAGAAGUCUAGUAUCUCGACUACAGAGAAUCAUAAUCUUAACGGUGUUGUGGAAUCGGCUUCUGAUGCACCAUCUGAGGCACAAUUGGCUGAGAGUGAACAAGCUACAUAUGCAUCUUCGAACAACGAUCUUAAAGGCACCAAAGCAUAUCAAGAAGCUGAUGUUUCUGGAUUGUAUAAUCUUGCCAUGGCCAUUGUUGACUACAGAGGUCAUAGGGUGGUAGCUCAGAGCGUUCUACCGGGAAUUUUGCAAGGUGAUAAAUCAGAUUCAUUGCUAUAUGGGUCUGUUGACAAUGGCAAGAAGAUUUGCUGGAAUCAAGAUUUUCAUGCCAAGGUAUUGGAAGCUUCAAAGCGCCUCCGAGUGAAGGAACACACGGUUCUUGAUGGAUCAGGAAAUGUUUUUCAAAUAGCUGCACCAGUUGAAUGCAAGGGGAUUGUUGGAAGUGACGAUAGGCACUAUCUUCUGGACCUGAUGAGAGUCACUCCUCGUGAUGCAAAUUAUACAGGAGCAAAUUCUAAGUUUUGUAUUUUGAGACCUGAGUUGAUCACUGCCUUUUGCCAGGCCGAAGCAGCAAAGAGUUCAAAAUCUAAAAGUGAGUCAAAGGGAACACUUGAAUCUACAGAUUCUUCAAAGGCUGAUAACGUUGAACAAGUAGACCAAACUGAGACAGCCAAAAUUGCUGAAACUCCUGAUACUAAGCCGAACGAGUCAGAAGAUGAUAAAAUGUUUGUUGAAGAAUUGGGUUCUAAGUCUGCUGACAUGGAAGAUAAAUCCGAGGAUAUACGGUUUAACCCUAAUGUAUUUACGGAAUUUAAAUUGGCUGGGAGUCCUGAGGAGAUCGCUGCUGAUGAAGAAAGUGUACGGAAGGUCAGUUCAUACCUCAAGGAUGUCGUCCUUCCGAAAUUUAUACAAGAUCUUUGCACGCUUGAAGUGUCACCAAUGGAUGGCCAGACACUGACCGAAGCACUGCAUGCCCAUGGAAUUAAUGUUCGCUAUAUUGGCAAAGUAGCUGAUGGUACGAAGCACUUGCCACAUUUAUGGGAUCUUUGUUCCAACGAGAUUGUCGUUAGAUGUGCAAAACACAUCCUUAAGGAUAUCUUAAGAGAUACAGCUGAUCAUGAUAUUGGGCAUGCAGUUGCUCAUUUUUUCAAUUGUCUAUUUGGAGAUUGCCAAGCAGUCUCUGGAAAAGCUGUUGCUAAUACUACACAGUCAAAAAAUCAGAAGAAGCAGGACCUUUCGGGAAAUCAAGCUUCAGGAAAAUCGUCAAAAGGGCACUCAAGGUCAAAAGCUGGAAAUGCUACUAGUAGAAAACAAGCGACCUGUAUGAAUCUUAGUUCCGAAAGUUUGUGGUCUGAUAUCCUUGAAUUUGCAAAAGCUAAAUACCAGUUUGAAUUGCCGGAGGAUGCAAGGUCACGUGUGAAGAAAAUUUCAGUUAUUCGCAACCUUUGCCUGAAGGUGGGGGUGACCAUUGCUGCCAAAAAAUACGAUCUUAGUGUAGGAACACCUUUCCAAACGUCAGAUAUAUUAAAUCUUCAACCUGUAGUGAAGCAUUCAAUACCCAUUUGUUCAGAAGCAAAAGAACUGGUGGAAACGGGAAAGGUCCAGUUGGCUGAGGGGAUGCUUAAUGAAGCGUACACUUUAUUUACGGAAGCUUUUACAAUACUUCAGCAGGUCACAGGUCCAAUGCAUCGUGAGGUUGCUAACUGCUGCCGUUAUCUUGCCAUGGUUCUUUAUCAUGCCGGAGACAUGGCUGCAGCCAUUAUGCAGCAGCACAAGGAACUUAUUAUAAACGAACGGUGCCUUGGUCUCGACCACCCUGACACAGCUCACAGCUACGGAAACAUGGCCCUGUUCUAUCAUGGACUCAACCAGUCGGAACUUGCAUUGCGGCACAUGUCUCGUGCACUGCUCCUAUUAAGUUUGUCGUCCGGCCCUGAUCAUCCCGAUGUUGCUGCAACUUACAUUAACGUUGCAAUGAUGUAUCAAGACAUCGGAAAGAUGAACACGGCUCUUCGUUAUUUACAAGAAGCAUUGAAAAAAAACGAGAGGCUUUUGGGAGAGGAACAUAUCCAAACUGCCGUGUGCUAUCAUGCACUUGCAAUCGCAUUCAACUGUGUCGGAGCCUACAAGCUGUCUCAUCAGCAUGAAAAGAAGACGUACGAUAUACUCGUCAAGCAACUCGGAGAGGAUGACUCCAGGACGCGUGACUCACAGAACUGGAUGAAAACUUUUAAAGUGCGGGAAGCGCAGAUGAAUGCACAAAAGCAGAAAGGACAAGCUGUAAAUGCUGUUUCUGCUCAAGCAGCAAUCGAUCUCUUGAAGGCUCACCCUGACUUGAUACAAGCGUUCCAAGCCGCAUCUGGGGGAGCUUCAGGUAGUAACAGUAACAACACGGUUGCCGGGGAAACCUUUCCUCGAGGUCGGGGAGUGGAUGAAAGAGCUGCUCGUGCCGUUGCAGAGGCAAGGAAGAAAGCUGCCGCCAGGGGUCUAUUAAUACGACCACACGGCGUCCCUGUUCAGGCUCUGCCGCCACUCACCCAGCUUCUCAACAUAAUCAACUCAGGCAUGACACCUGAAAACAGUGUUGGUGACGACACCAAUGGGGCAACCGAUGCCCAAACCCCUGAGGAGCCGGCCAAACCAGAGCGACAAGGUCAGACACCGGUGGGUUUAGGUGCAGGAUUAGGUGCAUUGGACCCAAAGAAACAGAAGCAGAACCCGAAGUAAGUUUGAUUUUAGAUAUUUCUAACGUUUUACUGAAGGAAGUAGCAGAGUGAGGAUAUUAUUAUGUUGGAUUAAGUUGGGAUUUUUUUGAGGGGUUCAUUCUUUUUUCAAUAAUUAUGGGUGAUGAAGCUAUUAUUAGCAGAAAGCGAGUAUUUCUUGCGCUCUUUUUUAGUUGUAAUUUUGGCGAGUGUGUCGAUGGAAUGGCACAUGUAAAACUUCACAUAUCGAACGAUGUUUUUGUCUAGCCCAAUUACUCAUAAAAUUCUGGCUGCAAACCUUACUUGCU